AGUUCUGUUUUCCCCGGCCCUUCCUAACGCCUGCGCAUUAAAGACGCCUGGCGGGGGUUGUUGUGGGAGAGGCGGCGGCGGCGGCUUCGCCUUCGACCCUUUCCUGGCAGAGUCCGCGCCGCCCGGCUCGAGGGUCCCCGGCCGUUGGCAGGCCCGCCCUCCGGGUGGGGACCAGCCGCCACCAUGUCGAUUUUCACGCCCACCAACCAGAUCCGCCUGACGAAUGUGGCCGUCGUGCGCAUGAAGCGCGGGGGGAAGCGCUUUGAGAUCGCCUGCUACAAGAACAAGGUCGUGGGCUGGCGCAGCGGCGUGGAAAAAGAUCUUGAUGAAGUUUUGCAGACCCACUCUGUGUUUGUAAAUGUUUCUAAAGGCCAAGUUGCUAAAAAGGAAGAUCUUAUCAGUGCUUUUGGAACCGAUGACCAGACUGAAAUCUGUAAGCAGAUUUUAACAAAAGGAGAAGUGCAGGUGUCAGAUAAAGAACGACACACGCAGCUGGAGCAGAUGUUUAGGGAUAUUGCAACAAUUGUAGCAGAUAAAUGUGUAAAUCCUGAAACAAAGAGACCAUACACCGUCAUCCUCAUUGAAAGAGCAAUGAAGGAUAUCCACUAUUCCGUCAAACCCACCAAGAGCACGAAGCAGCAGGCCUUGGAAGUAAUAAGACAGUUGAAGGAAAACAUGAAGAUUGAGCGGGCCCACAUGAGGCUUCGAUUCAUUCUGCCUGUGAGGGAGGGGAAAAAGCUCAAAGAAAAGCUCAAACCAUUGAUCAAGGUGGUAGAAAGUGAAGACUUUGGUGACCAGUUAGAAAUCGUGUGUCUGAUUGACCCUGGCUGCUUUAGAGAAAUUGAUGAGCUGAUACAGAGGGAGACAAAAGGAAAAGGUUCUUUGGAAGUUCUCAGCUUGAAAGACGUGGAAGAAGGAGAUGAGAAAUUUGAAUGAAAGCUUUUCACUGUCUCUUUACUUACAAACACAACACUAAAAGGUGUUCUCACUUCCCUCAGCACUGUUAACUUCAGUGGUUUUUUUCUGCCAAAUACUUGCUUAGACUGCUUAAUUUGAGAUUUUCAUUCUAGUAUGUGUGGUAAUUAAACAAGUCGCUUAUAUACAGAAUAUUCAGUAUAAAAAUCCUAAUGUGGGAUAAAUGCAUCCUGGCUGUCAAGUUGGGCUGCUACUAUUAAAAGAACCAGGGUAAACCUCUUGCUGUUUUGCAUUCUGCCUGGGCAUCUGGGCUCUCUGUGUCAUCCUAAUUUUAGACAGCGGUCGUCCUGUGGUAUAUCUAUGAAAGUUGUCUCAAAGUUUACACUAAAAAUUCAUGCUUUAGAAACAUCCCUUGACAGAAAUGGACGUAAGCCUGCAACGUUUCUACAGGACAGAAUCUGAGUGAUUUUAAUUUGGCCUAACAUUAAGCUGGGUGUCGUGACUUCCCAACUGACACUGCUCUGUGUGUGUGUGUGUGUGUGUGUGUGUGUGUGUGUGUGUGUGUGUGUGUGUGUAGAUAUAAAUAUAUAUCUCUAUAGAUAUACAUACACAGUUACUGACUGUCCAUCAGUAUUCUCAUUUAGUAACAUGCUGCCAAAAUGUAAAAGACUAUCUUUGGUUUAAAAAAAAAUCAUUCAUAAUAAUUUUAAAAUUUAUAAUAUAUGUUAAUACAAAUGAAGUUAUAUGUAACAAAUAAAACCUCUAUUAUUUUUAUUAAACAGUGGCCUGUGUGUUUCUAAACAAUAUCUUCCCAUUUUGUCAGUUUUACGUUCUGUGUGUCAUAAGACUGAGAAAUAACAUGCCUUCUCUUGGAUUUGUAAAAGAAAGUUUAAUUAUUUAAUACAAAUAUCCAAAUAAAUGAGCUUCAGGUGUUUUUUUUAAGACAAACUCCUAAAAUAGGUUACAUUAUAAAAGAUGAACUAUAGCUUUAUGUAACGGAUAUAUUUUAACAAAACAGUAUUUUUCCAUAGUAAAAAACAGAAAAUAAAUAAAUUCCCCUUGUAAAUAAGCCUUAUAUACAAGUCUUAGGUACUUCUUAAUCAUUAGGGCUAUACAUCCUAAUCACAUACCAGAUGUCCUAUUUAGGUCUUUCUCACAUACAAACAUCUACCAAAACUAAAUUAUUUUAUGCCAGAAUUAAAAUUGUUUAUUAAAAGUGUUUAUUUCAAAUUCUACAUUCCUUCUAGUAGGAUGUAAUAUUCUUACUGCUUAAUAUGUGUGGAAAAGAAUAUUAAUGGUGGUAUUUGACAUGCGCAAAGAGUGCCCCACAAGUUGGCAUCAAUUUUACUGUUCUGUCCAAGUCUUUUUUUGUAAUCAGUUUAAGUCUGUCUAUAAAACUUACAAAUUAUGUAGAUGGCAUUAAAUGCAUUUAUCAUUAA